UUACCAUCAAGGGGUGUGGUGAGAGAACAAGUAUUUUUUUUUAAUACCGAGGUUAACUAAAGAAAAUUAAAAAAUGGGUGAAUUCGCACACGGAUUGUUUGGCUGUUUCACCAACUGUGGAGUUUGCAUAAUGACCUACUUUUUACCGUGUGUUACUGCCGGACAAACCGCCGAGAAAGUUGGAGAAUCAUGUUGUCUUUACGGCUUCCUCUCUAUAUUAGGACCUAUCGGAAUCUGGUCAAGAGCUAAAAUAAGGGGAAAGGUCAGGGAAACAAAGGGAAUCGAAGGAUCAUUUGGUAUGGACUGUCUUUUGGCUUGGUUCUGUGGUCUAUGUGCAUUAGUACAGGAAGCAAAUACUAUGGAAGGGGCACAAGCUCAGUCGAUGGCGCGUGAAUAGACAGCAUCAUCAAGUCACGUGAUCUCGGCUCGUCAUCAUGGGAAAGAACCGAAUUCAUCCGUGUGAUUUUUUACUCGUCUUAUAUUGAACCCUUACACUGAUGCUAUCUCAAAACUUAGUAUACUUUAUAUAAAAACGGCAAUCUUGUCCUUUGUGAUAUUUAUGUGUAAUCUUUAUAUAAUUAUAUAGUGAAAACUCAGAUUGACUCAAAUCAACAGAAAUUGUGAUAGAUUUAUAUAUGGAACAAUCCACACAUCCUAGCAGGGAAUCCAUUUCUUUUUCACAGAUGAAUCCUGUAUUAAAACAAACUGCUAAUCAAGGUAGUUUCGGGUUUCAAUGAAACAAAUAAUGCGUUUUUAUAUUUGUUUAUUAUAUUUCUAUAAUUUUUUUUAAAAUAAAUUUUGUAUAAAACAUGUAAA